UACUUAAACCCAUCAUUAACAUUGUGUUAAAGGGAGUUUUGUAUUAUAAAUGUAGGCAUAAUUUUUAACUCGUUUAGUUUUAAAUUUUUUUUACAGUUUAGCAUUUUAUUUUGAGUUUUUUCAUGGUUCAAUGUAUUGCAGCAACAUGUAACUUAGCCACAGUUGUCGGUUACAAGUUGUAGACCGCUGUAACGACCACCUGCUUUUUUUCGGCAAGCCACGCCCUUAUUUACUCUAUGACAACUAAAGCGCGCAUGGCCGCCUUGAGAUUUAAAACAUUAAAAAGAGUCUUAUCGUAAAAUAAACUUCUCAUGAAAUUUUGAUUAUGAAUAAUCCCAAUAUGUAUGAACAAUAAUUAUUUAGUUGAUUAAACAACAUUUCACCAUUUGGUUGCCGAAUUUUUUUAGCUACUCGUAGUCAUAACCUCACUGUACUUGGUGCGAUUGGUAUUCUUUGCUUGUCACAGCUUAUGUACUGUGUAACAGUGUGGGGUUAUCGGUUAUUAGGCCACGGCAGGGUCAAAUAUCAAGAUGACACAGGCGGAGAAAAAAAAAAGCAAUUAAUGCCUUGGUACAGUGUGGAAAUAAACUGAACUCUGUACCACAUUGUCAGUCGUGUGAAAAAAGAUUUGCUUGACAGAAGUUGCUUGGAAGAAGUGGAUGCUGAUAGUUGACAUCCAUAUAUCGUUUUGUACUGUUAACUAAUUCAACAUGAGCAAAUACGCCGUUAAGAUAGGAAUUAUCGGUGGUUCUGGAUUGGACGAUCCGAACAUCCUGGAAGGCAGGAAGGAGGAAGCGUACGAGACCCCGUAUGGCCCGCCGUCUGACGUGCUGAUAUCAGGGAAGAUCAGAGGCGUGGACUGCGUCUUGCUGGCCAGGCACGGGCGCAAGCACACCAUCAUGCCCAGCAACGUGAACUACCGUGCCAACAUCUGGGCCCUGCGCGCUGCGGGCUGCACGCACGUGAUAGCGUCCACCGCGACCGGCUCGCUGCAGGAGGACAUCCCCCCGGGCUGCCUCGUGGUGCUCGACUCCUUCGUGGACAGGACGAGAGUGCGCAGCCAGACGUUCUACGACGGGGAGGAGGGGUCGCCCGCGGGCGUGUGCCACCUGCCCAUGGAGCCGGCCUUCUGCCCCGACACACGCCAGGUGGUCGUGGAGUGCGCCCGGGAGCUGGGGCUGGACUUCCGGCCGACGGGAACGUGCGUCGUGAUCGAGGGCCCGCGCUUCUCGUCGCUUGCGGAGAGCCGUGUGUUCCGCGCCUGGGGCGGCCACGUCAUCAACAUGACCACCGUGCCAGAGGUGGUGCUGGCGAAGGAGGCGGGGCUAUGCUACUGCGCGGUCGCCAUGGCAACGGACUACGACUGCUGGAAGGAGCGGGACGUGGUGACUGUGAACGACGUGCUCACCACGUUCCGCAAGAACGUGAGCAAAGUGAUAAGCCUGUUCACCCUCGUGGUGCCCCGGAUCGCCGCCCGCAACUGGGACGCCACCAUCGACUCCCUGAAGGAAACUGUCCGGACCAGCGUGAUGUUGCCCCACAAAUAAACCCAGUUGCGCAGCUACGCUCACGUCUGGCGUUGGGGGCGGGUGUCUGUCCCAGUGGAGAGCUGUGCAAGAGUGUUAGCCAACUGACUGUGAAGCCUCAGCAUCACCUGCCGUGUCAUUAUUCUGGAUUUAGGGCAAUUACUACAGAUGUUUCACUGCAUGAUCAUUGUGCCAGCAUGUGUGUUGCUGCAAGCUUUAUCUACACGUGCAUGUACGUGGAUUCUGCUGUUUAUAAAGAACAUGAUAUGUACUCACUCCUUU